AUGGAGGUGAGCCUCACCGGGCACGCCGACAGCGUCUUGCGCGGCCUCAGCCGGCAACGCCGCCUGAGCCCCAGCGCCGGCGACUCCGCCGGCGACUCCGAUGCUCAUGCUGAGGAUGAGGAGGAUGCUCAUGCUGAGGAGGAGGAGGAGGAUGCUCAUGCUGAGGAUGAGGAGGACGACCUCUCGGCGCUGUGCGACUGCUGUCUGGUGCUGGAUGGCGUGCCCCACCGGGCUCACCGCGCUGUGCUCGCCGCCUGUAGCCGCUACUUCCGCCGCCUGUUCGCUCAGCAGCCCCACGUGGACAAGAUCGACGUGAAGAACUCACCCGGCGUGUCCCUGCUGCUGGAGUCGAUGUACUCCUCUCGCCUCGUGCUGAGCCCCGAGACGGCUGUACACGUGGAGUCGGCCGCUCGCUUCCUGGAGAUGCCGGGGGCCCUGGACGCCUGCCGGAGAUUCUCCCUGCUGCUGGGGGGGGGCUGA